GCUGUGCCGCCACCCUGGCAACAGGCUGGAGAGAAGAAACAACAUCCGCCCCCUCAUCAUCUGCAUCAGCUGUUGUCGAUUAAAGGAAAGAAACCCCGAUGAGGCUUGUUUUUGGUAGUUAAGAUGGAGAGCGGAGAUCCCCGGUACCUGAAGAGGAGAGUGAAAGGAUGCACUCUGGAUGUCCAUCCGACUGAGAAGGCUCUGGUCGUCCAGUACGAGGUGGAAGCAACCAUUCUGGGAGAGCUGGGGGAACUCAUGGUGGGAGAGCGCAAAGAAUGUCAGAAAAUUAUUCGCCUGAAAAGCCUGAACGCCAACACGGACACGUCCUCUCUCGCUCGGAAGGUGGUGGAGGAGUGUCGUCUCAUUCAUCCGUCUAAACUCCGUGAGGUGGAGCAGCUGCUGUUCUACCUGCAGAACCGCAAGCAGCCUAACGACAACCAGGAGAAGAAACAGAUCUCACCUCAAGACUUUGCAUCUUACUCGGGAGUGGAGCUGGACGAGGAGGCGAGCAUCAGCAACAUCGAUGAGUAUGUGGAGCUGCUGUACGAGGACAUCCAGGAGAAGAUCAGAGGAGCGACGCUCAUCUUCCAACUGGCUCGCAACCCGGACAACCUGGAGGAACUCAUGGAGAACGAGGCGGCCCUCGGCGCUCUGGCCAGAGUCCUAAGAGAGGAGUGCAGGCAGAGCGUGGACCUGGCAACCACCAUCAUCUACGUCUUCUUCUGCUUCUCCAGCUUCUCCCAGUUCCACGGCCUGGUCACACACUACAAGAUCGGGGCCCUUUGCAUGAACAUCAUUGAGCAUGAGCUGAAGAGGUUUGACCUCUGGCAAGAUGAGCUGCAGAAGAAGAAGAAGGCCUAUGAGGAAUUCUCUGAGAAUCUAAAUCUGAAGAAAGAACACGAGAAGUCUUUCAGGAAGUACCAGAGCCUUCUGACCAAGCAGGAGCAGCUUCUCAGAGUUGCUCUGUGUCUGCUGCUGAAUCUGGCUGAAGACACCCGCACCGAGCUGAAGAUGAGGAACAAAAACAUCGUCCACAUGCUGGUGAAGAUCAUGGACUGGGAGGAUGAGGAGCUGCUGCUGGUGGCCGUCUCCUUCCUGAAGAAGCUCUCCAUCUUCAUGGAGAACAAGAAUGACAUGACUGAGACGGGCGCUGUGGAGAAGCUGGCCCGGCUGGUUCCCUGCCAACACGAAGAGCUCCUGAGCACCACCCUGCGCCUCCUGCUCAACCUGUCCUUCGACGCAUCACUGCGCAGCCAGAUGGUCCAGGCCGGGCUCAUUCCCAAACUCUCCACGCUGCUCGCUGACGAGGGCCAGAGACAGCUCAGCACGUACAUUCUGUACCACAUCAGCAUGGAAGACAGAUUCAAGUCCAUGUUUGCCGACACAGACUGCAUACCGCAGCUGAUGAAGAUGCUGUUUGACUGUGGGGAGAAGAAGAUGGAUGUUGAGCUCAUCUCACUCUGCAUCAACCUGGCUGCUAACAAGAAUAACGCCCAGGUCAUCUGUCAAGGUAACGGUCUGAAAAUGCUGAUGAAGAGGGCCCUGAAGCUGAAAGACGUUCUGCUGAUGAAGAUGAUCAGAAAUCUUUCUCAACACAGCGGACCCACAAAGAGCUCGUUCUUGGACCACGUUGGAGAUCUGGCGGCUCAGAUCACCGACGACGAGGCCGAGGAGUUCGUGAUUGAGUGUCUGGGAUCGCUGGCCAACCUGACCAUCCCCGACCUGGACUGGGCGCUGGUGCUGAAGGAGUACAACCUGGUGCCCUACCUUAAAGACAAACUCAAACCAGGUUCUGCUGAGGACGACCUCAUCCUGGAGGUGGUGAUCAUGGUGGGAACCGUGUCCAUGGAUGACGCGUGUGCAGCCAUGUUGGCCAAGUCUGGGCUCAUUCCCGCUCUCAUCGAGCUGCUCAACGCCCAACAGGAGGACGAUGAGUUUGUGUGCCAGAUUGUUUACGUCUUCUACCAGAUGGUUUUCAACAAAGCUACAAGAGACGUCAUCAUCAAAGACACCCAAGCGCCGGCUUACCUCAUCGACCUGAUGCACGACAACAACACAGCCAUCCGUAAAGUGUGCGGCAACACGCUGGACAUCAUCGCUGAGUAUGACGAGGAAUGGGGGAAGAAGAUCCAGAAGGAAAAGUUCCGCUGGUACAACAGUCAGUGGCUGGAGAUGGUGGAGAACCGUCAGCUGGAUGAAGCAGAACCACUCCUGUACGGCGAGGAUGGCGAGUCCUUCAUGGGGAGCGAGGACAUCCUGGAGAGACCCGACCUGUUCUACACCGCAGAUGGGAUCAUCUCAGCAGAUGGCUCCAUCAGUCCGGACUUCUACGCCGACUGCCAGGGUGGAGAUCUGGGACAGACUGGAUACAUAAGCAGCAUGUCAGAUCAGUUCGUCCUGGCGGCCCAGAUUCCUGCAGACCGACCCAUCAGUGGCUACGGUUUCCGGCCUGACGAACACUUCUUCUACAACUACACCACUGCCUCCCGGUAAACCUGGAACCUCGUCACUCUCCACCCAAAACACUCGGUUCGGACCCAAAUCCUGACAUGAAGAACUCUAGAGGACUACGAGCACCGCACAUCUUUUAUCUGAGAAUUAGCCUGCAGUUACUUUUCUAAUAUCAGAUCAGAUUCUUUAAAUUGUAAAGAGCCAAAAGUUAACGUCGGUUUAACUGUUUAAGGCUAACUUUCUAAAAAAGGAAAAGUGGCAGGAGCUCAUUCAAACAAGACAGUUGUUUCAAAAUUGAAUCCCAAAACUGUCCCAUGGGAGAGUCAGUGACUGAGUUCAGGAUUAGAUCCUUUAUUCCAGAUCAUAUUUGGACACAAGCGGAUGUGUUUCAGGUGAAAACUGAACUGGCUUCUUACAUUUCGUUGUUUGAAUGUUUUUGUCUUUAGAAAGAUGAAUCUGGUGGUCAGGUUUGGCUUCUCCGCUUUAACUUUUCAUCUCGCUGUAAAAAGUGAUGCUAACAUUCAUCAGAAAGGAGUUCUUUAACCUUGUACUGGUGACACUGGGAAUAACCUUAACCUUGUACUGGUGUCACUGGGAAUAACUUUAACCUUGUACUGGUGACACUGGGAAUAACUUUAACCUUGUACUGGUGACACUGGGAAUAAGCUUAACCUUGUACUGGUGACACUGGGAAUAACCUUAACCUUGUACUGGUGACACUGGGAAUAACCUUAACUUUGUACUGGUGACACUGGGAAUAACCUUAACCUUGUACUGGUGACACUGGGAAUAACCUUAACCUUGUACUGGUGACACUGGGAAUAACCUUAACCUUAUACUGGUGACACUGGGAAUAACCUUAACCUUGUACUGGUGACACUGGGAAUAACCUUAAUCUUGUACUGGUGACACUGGGAAUAACUUUAACCUUGUACUGGUGACACUGGGAAUAACCUUAAUCUUGUACUGGUGACACUGGGAAUAACUUUAACCUUGUACUGGUGACACUGGGAAUAACCUUAACCUUGUACUGGUGACAUGGACUGGGAAUAACCUUAACCUUGUACUGGUGACACUGGGAAUAACCUUAACUUUGUACUGGUGACACUGGGAAUAACCUUAACCUUGUACUGGUGACACUGGGAAUAAGCUUAACCUUAUACUGGUGACACUGGGAAUAACCUUAACCUUGUACUGGUGACAUGGACUGGGAAUAACCUUAACCUUGUACUGGUGACACUGGGAAUAACUUUAACCUUGUACUGGUGACACUGGGAAUAACUUUAACCUUGUACUGGUGACACUGGGAAUAACCUUAACCUUAUACUGGUGACACUGGGAAUAACCUCAACCUUGUACUGGUGACACUGGGAAUAACCUUAACCUUGUACUGGUGACACUGGGAAUAAGCUUAACCUCGUACUGGUGACACUGGGAAUAACUUUAACCUUGUACUGGUGACACUGGGAAUAACCUUAACCUUAUACUGGUGACACUGGGAAUAACCUCAACCUUGUACUGGUGACACUGGGAAUAACCUUAACCUUGUACUGGUGACACUGGGAAUAAGCUUAACCUUGUACUGGUGACACUGGGAAUAACCUUAACCUUGUACUGGUGUCACUGGGAAUAAGCUUAACCUUGUACUGGUGACACUGGGAAUAACCUUAACCUUGUACUGGUGACACUGGGAAUAACCUUAACCUUGUACUGGUGAUACUGGGAAUAACCUUAACCCUGUAUUGGUGACACUGGGAAUAACCUUAACCUUGUACUGGUGACACUGGGAAUAACCUUAACCAUGUACUGGUGACAUGGACUGGAAUUAAGCUGAUGAGGACACUCCUUAAUGUGCAGCAUGAUUUUCCUACAAAUCACUACUACAAUUAUCACUUUUCUAAACUGCAAGAGAAGUCUUCACAAAUUUAUGCCAGGACCCCAAAUAAAGAUGCACAUCACUAAAUUUUUGUUGGUCAGCAAACUCCUGUUUCUUCAGUUAACUGAGCUACACAACUUCUGUCGAGCCUUUCGUUAACAUGUACGGAGCUACGAUGGGGACAAAAGUUUCGUAACUUGUACCUUAAUGUGUGAAACAACUUCAGAUACAAAUCAAAUCUACAAGUAUAGAUUAAUUCUGCAAGUAUUGAAAUAGAAGUAAAUUUUACAAGGAUAAAAUAUUUGUCCUACAUUUUACACGUCAGCUCAAGAACCAGUCAGAUUUCACUAACGACUAGCUGCAUUUAUAUGGACGACUGAUUAGACGUCAAAUCAGAAAAAAUCCCGUCCUGUAAACACCUCAGCUGAUCCAAAAAGGUUUCAAUCCGGGGGCGUUUCAAAAUUCAUCAAAACUAUCAAAAUUCUUGUAGUGAAAAGGUUUCCACCAGGGGGCCGAAGAGAAGUGUCAGACUGUGUACAACAGGGUUUGAGCCAAGUUUUAACCACAAAGUAUCUGUAUUAUCUGUGUAAGAUGUGAUAAAAGCAACAUUAGCAGGUUUAAACCUUCUCAUGAUCGGAGCAGCAGGAAAAAAUAACCACGUCUACUCUCAUACUGGCGGUUUCUGUGGUGGAUGUUGUUUCUGCUCAUGCCUGAACCACAUGGAGGUUUGGUCACGUGAUGAGUUUCAGGGAAACUUGAAAAAUGGUGGAACCGUUCUGAUCAUAUUAAAUCUGUCCAUCAUCUAAACGAAUGGGAUCACUUUAACCAGCUUCCAUGUAAACAUGUCAGCUGGAUUCUCUGAUCAGACUGAUUUCAGUCGGAUAGAUGAUUGUUUGUCCGUGUAAUCGUAGUUAAUCACGGAAAGACGAGAUCUAAGAUUCUGUGUCCACAAUCAACCGUGACAUUUUCUACGUCCAUGUAAUCGAGACCAGCUCAGUAAAGCUGAGUCGGUUUAUGGAAACGUUUCUUAAAUGUUUUAUUUAUUAAUAAACCAUCUCGCCUUUAAGAAA